AUCUAUUGCUGUGUCAAGUUCCAGAGAAGUUUCUUCUGUUCCAAGUUACGAAGCUGGCUGAAACACACAGAGUUGAAGGAAGGGGCUAGGAGGAAAGGAGUGCUGUGCUGCUAAUGGGCUAAGAAGACCCAGUACGGAAGAGUCAAUCAGACAGAGCCUCACCAUGUCCUCAGCUCCUUUUACACCUGUGCGGAUGAACAGCGCUGAGUGAAGGGCAGGAAAUAAGGAAACAGAAAUGCCCCGCACUUGGAUAACUUCUGAUCUUCAGCUACGACUAAUUUUGACUCUCUUCUUAGUUGCAGAAUGCUUAAGUGCAGAAAUGGAAGGUCCUAAAGCAUCAAACAACUCAACGCAGCAGAUGGACAAUGGCAAUCACAGUUCAGUUUCAACAACUUCAUCUAUGGAAAGAAAGCAGAGCACUGUCACACUUCAUGCAGAAGUUAAAACUUCACUAUCAAAACUAGUGGAUACAAAAGCUGUGCUCAGUUGCCCUCCUGUGCAGUGGCCAAGUGUGUUGGUAACAUGGGAAAUAGUCCUCAGAGACAAGCCUCCCUGCGUCAGAGCCUACAGACGUGAUACAAAUCAGACCACAGGAGGAAACUGUACUGACAAGAGAAUAACCUGGGCCUCUGGGCCUGACGAGAAUCCUGCCCUUCAGAUCGAUCCAGUGGCCAUCACUCAUGAUGGGAAUUACACGUGCCAAAUAGCAACAAGUGAUGGGAAUUUCCAGCAUGAGUAUCACCUCCAAGUGUUAGUGCCCCCGAAGGUGACCCUGACCCAAACUGAGAAGGGAACUGCAGUGUGCAAGGCUGCUGUAGGGAAGCCGGCUGCACAGAUCUUCUGGACCCCAGAGGGGGAUUGUGCCCCUGAGCAAGAGCCUUACAGGGGCGAUGGCACCGUGACCGUCCAGAGUACUUGCCGCUGGGAGGACCACCAUGUGCUGAAUGUGUCCUGCUCUGUCUCCCACUUGACUGGCAACAAGAGUCUGUCCAUACAACUGAGUCAAGGUUAGUCUGAAAUACAAGCACACUUCAUUUUAUAUAUCAUUGCCCCUAUUUUUAUUAUCUUGAUCGUCGCGGGAUCCAUUUGGCUUUUGAAAAUCAGUGGCUGCAGAAAAUGUAAAUUGAAAAAAACAGAGCAUACUCCAGUUGUUGAGGAGGAUGAAAUGGAGCCCUAUGCCAGCUACACAGAGAAGAACAAUCCACUUUAUGAUGUUACAAAUAGGGCGAAGACGUCUCAGGUGCCACCAAGUGAAGUUGAUGGGAUGAAUCUCCAUACUGUUUAUGUCCCUAGAGUGCAGCACCAGGACAAAUGAGUCAAGACGCAGUUGCAGAUGCUGUUCCGAUUUUCUUAGAGCUCUGCAAUGGAACGCCUAUUUUGAAACUAGCUUUUCAAAGACUCUUAGAAAACAGAGACAUUAUAGAGAAUUUGCAUUUCUAUCUUUAUACAAGUGAACUUUUAGAAUUUUAGCUGUUACUGGCUAGUUCUUUAAACUGAUAUUAUUACAAAGAGAGCACAUGCUCGUGAUAAAAUAUUAAAAUUGUUCAGUACAGUAGAUGAUGAAAAUUGAGUUGCCUCAGAUAACUUCACAGAAGGAAUAAUUACCAACAGUUUUAUGUAAUAUUUGAGGGAAUUGCUAUGUGCACAUGUCAUAUAUGUGCAUUGUAUAUGUAUACACUUAUAUGUCUGCUUACAUAUUCAUACACGUACAUCCUUGUCAAGACAGAAACAGAAACAUAGCAUAAUUUGUUCUGUACUUAUAGAAAGUUAGUACUAUAAUAUAUCUUAAAGAUCUUUUGUAUCAACACAAGCAGAGCUACCUCAUUCUUCUUAAUGGUUACAUAUAAUUCCAUUGUAUGUAAGGGAAUUUAAUUUAAUUAACCCUGUGGUGGACAUUUAGAUUGUUUUGUUUUGCUAUUAUAAACAAUACUACAUAGAAUGUUUCUUGUGGAUUUAUCUCUUUGAAUGUGUUUGAACAUAUUUGUAAGAUAAUUUCCUUGAGUGAAAUUGCGAGGCCAAAGGCUUUGUGCAUCUUUAUUACUGACUGAUAAGUCAAUAUUAUUGACUGCUAUGUCAAAUUGUAUCAAUUUAUAUUCCCUCCAAUCCUGUUUGAAUGUACCUUUUCUAUUAUUUUAAUAUCUGUAAAUUGUCAACCUUCUGUUAGCAAAUAUAGGGUUAUAAUAAGAAUUUCACUAUUUAAUAAAACUGAAUUUAU